AUGCAGCGCGACACAUCACCCUACCAAGACGACGACUUCAGAGAAGUUCAGUUCAAUGCGGAACCCAAGGCAGCACUGCUACACAGCUGCGAGUCCCAACCUUGGGACGAUGACGUCGAGCGCCAGAAAUCACAAACAUCUUCAGUUUUUCGAUUUCUCUCCCGCUGGCGCUGGAUCCUCGACACAUCACUCUUAAUAAUUAUUCUCCUUCUCGUCCUCGACCGCCAAACGCAACAGCAAGAACCCCCCAACCGAAUGUCGCAGAAUGGCGACAUCACGGGCUUUAUCCCCGAGUUCUCCCAACAAUUGACGACUUUCUCGCCGUCCGAGACUUAUAUCCCCACCAACCUCUCGACCUUUCUCUCCAACGAGACGCAGGACGCAUGGCUCGACCUCAUUCCGCGUGGGCUCGGCUACCUCGACACCACCCCAGCCGAGGAUCUCAACAACCUCCCUACACCCCUCCCCGAAUACGCGCCCAAGCGCGUCUUCACUACGAGCGUAACACAUCAGUUGCAUUGCCUCCACGCCAUCGUCAAAGAGUUCGCCUCCCUCCAGCCCGGUGCAGCCAGCUGGCGGCGCCGCGCCGAGGACGAGCACGAUCAGCAUGGCGGCGAAGCCCACGACCCGGAGGACGGGGGCUUUCACUUACAGCACUGCUUCGAAUACCUCCGCCAGAGUAUUCUCUGCUGUGGUGAUGUGGCGCUUGAGGGCACGCAGACGACGUUUCCGCCUGGGUUCGAGGGUAGUGAUGGUUGGGAUGCGAAGCAUGUAUGCCGAGAUUAUAAGCAGGUGAAAACGUUCCUGGAUGCAAAGAGGGCGGACGAUGAGCUUUGGAUUUAA